AUGAAUGACGAUGACGUCAGACAAUUCAUUGAUGAAAACGAAAACACCAAACCUAAAAAGAAAACUUUAUGUCACAUCAAACUAUUUGAGAGUUUUUUACGUAGUGAGAAUGAAUCCAGACCAAUAAAGCAAAUACAUGCCGAACAACUCGACAAAUUCCUGUCCGAAUUCGUAUUGUGUGUACGACAAAAGGAUGGUAGCGAUUACCAGCCAAGCUAUCUCAGGGGUAUUCUUGGAUCGUUGGAACGAUACCUAAAACGGCAUAGCUUAAUAUCAAAUUAUGAAUUCGCUGGUGCCCGAGAAGCUUUAAAAACAAAGAAAAAAGAUUUGAAAAAGAAAGGAUUGGGGAAUAAACCCAUGGCCAUAGAUGCCAUUUCAGAUUCAGAAAUAAACAUGCUAUAUGAAUGUAAACAACUAGGUAUCAACACGCCCGAGGAGUUACUCAACACAGUUUGGUUUAAUAUUAUGCUGCAUUUUGGAAUGAGGGGAGGGGAAGAACACCGACAACUAUGCUGGGGAGACAUUCAACAUGGAUAUGAUCAAGAACUUAACAGGGAAUUUUUACAAUUCUGUGAAAGACAAACCAAAACUAGGACAGGAAUAGACACUACUAACACAAGGUGUUCAAAACCUACCAUGUAUGCCGAACCUAACAGCGACAGGUGCCCCGUAGCUGCGUACAAUGUAUAUAAAGAAAAAAGACCGAUUGAUUUCUGUUACGACGAACACCCCUUCUACCUGGGCACUGUCACACACACCAAAACGCCUCAUCCGAAUGACCAAUGGUUUCUCAGGGCACCCGUCGGCCGAAAUAAAUUAUACAAACUCAUGAAAAGUAUUGCUACAAAAAGUGGUAUUCUGACCGCUGGCUCCCAUAACAACGUUGUGGGGGAAAAGGCUAACUAA